CCUUCUCCUCCUACUAAAGUGGGAGCAACACAGGUGCCCAGGCAAAGAACACAUUGUGACACCCCACACAAGUCUUCCAGGCUGAAAAAACACAAUGAACUUGCUCUCCUACUCAACGGUGUUUCUGGGAAUUGUCUUCGCCCCCUGUUCUCAUGGCCAAGGCCUUGUGACAGGAACAACCAAUGGCUCAACUGCUUUGCAACCCUGGCUGGUGGGAUUCGCAGCUGUUACGGGCUUCUUGUUUGUGAUGUUCGUGGCAAACCUCAUCAAUCGGCUAUUUUUCUCCCAAAAAAAGGAUAAUGAGGACAAGAUGAAGAACAAAGAGACAGGACCCAGCACUGAGCAAACUGCCUUCGAAAACAUCGCAAUGGACCCAGAAGAGGGGCACCUGGAAACAAAGAUAUAGAAUGAUCAUCUCAGCAUGUAAGGGCCCUUUAGGGAAAAAGAGGCCCAGCCCCAUUACAAAUGACUUAAUUUGGUAGUUAUCUGAAAGGCCCGGACAAGAAUUUCCAAAUUGUUUUUUUUUUAAACUCACCAGCACAUCACUGCUCAACGGCCCCUCUAAAACUUUGAAAAUUGGAUGAUAGCAAAGUUAACUCAACUCCUGGUGAGCAGCAGCAUUUGCCAAGGGGAUGGAGGGUCAAAAUGAGCACGAUGGUGGGUGUGGCAUCUCAGUGCAAGCCCUGCCCCUUUGGGGCACGUUUACAAAGAGGCUGGACUUAUAUCGCACUGCUGCAUUUACCAUCUUGGCCACUUUGACCCUCUCUUACAGAUGCUACCACUGGUGACUACAUGAAUAUACGUCCAUGUUGUUCUCUUGGCAAUAAUGCAAAAAUGGUUUGCAAUUUCCUUUCUUCCUGGAUACUUCCUGCUAGGGUUAUUCCAUGGCAGUCUUCCAUCCAAGCUAGCAGGUUUGAGUGCUUAGCAUCCAGGCCCAAGAUGGGAUCAGGCAAUCUAAAAGUACAUUGCCAUGAGAAUGAAUGGAUGGAUGGAUGAAUGAAUAAAUAAAGUCAUUAAGUCUUCUUCUGCAGGAGCAGUCCUAAGUAAGUUGCUUUCUUUCAGUCAUCCAUUUGUAUUUGCUUAUUCUGUGUUGCUCAGCUUAUACAUUAUUUUUGUGUGGUGUGGAAGAUGGUAAACGGAUAAAUUUGUAGAAUCAGUUUUCGGAUCUUUUGGAAAGCUACAACUGUUCUUUGCAGUAAAAGAGGCCCAUGUUGAGAAAUGUUUUAAAUUGGGCUUGUGAAAUAACAAAAACCUGCACGUGUGCCCACGUCCAAAGCAAUGAAGCAACCUUUUUGCUGAGGUGUGAGGAACAACAGAAAUACACAUGGUGCUUCAAUGAGGUAGGGACUAAUAGCAUCAACGACCAUUCAAGAAGAAAGUUACAGCCUUCGAGUUUACAGCAAAAGCAUCUGGUAGAAACCAUGA